CCAGGGAGUGUUUUUGAUGAAUUGGGGGCUCUCUCGGAGCGCAUCCGAUGUGCGCACCUGCGUCAAAGAGACCAUCAGCGUCCGCGGAGAGGAGAGGAGAGCAGAGGAGACCCAGCCUGUCUGUCUGAAAAACGGCCACCAAGGAAGGGAAACAGCCGCUUUGAGCCAUAUAACCGAGUGGAUUAGUGAGAAUGAGUGGGUCUGAGAAUCUGCGGGGCUCCUGCAGACACUGACCGUCUCCAUCCUCUGACACAGAUCAACUUGUUGUCCUCAGAGAAACAUGAGUGUCCUGGUCUCUGUCUUCCUCCUGGCUGUCCUGUUCACUUGCACUUUAAUGAUGGAGCAUGARGAAGACUAUGAGGACGUCACUGUGAACCAAAUGCUGGCUCCUAAAUCCCAGGAAACCGAYGCCACGGAAAUACUUAAUAAUUUACUUAAAGAAUAUGACAAGAAGCUGAGACCAGAUAUUGGAGUUAAACCAACUGUUAUAGACGUGGACAUAUUUGUGAACAGCAUUGGGCCUGUGUCUUCAAUAAAUAUGGAGUACCAAAUUGAUAUCAUUUUUGCCCAGACAUGGACAGACAGCCGCCUCAGAUAUAACAGCACAAUGAAAAUACUGACUUUAAACAGCAACAUGRUUGGACUAAUUUGGCUGCCAGACACCAUCUUCAGAAACUCCAAGACCGCAGAUUCUCAUUGGAUUACGAUGCCUAACCAGCUGCUCAGGAUAUGGAAUGAUGGGAAGAUACUUUACACGUUAAGGCUGACUAUAAAUGCAGAGUGCCAGUUGCAGCUACACAACUUUCCCAUGGAUGAACACUCAUGUCCGCUCAUCUUCUCCAGCUAUGGAUAUCCACAAGAUGAGAUGAUUUAUAAGUGGAGGAGGAACUCUGUAGAGGCGGCUGACCAAAAGUCCUGGCGUCUGUAUCAGUUUGAUUUCAUGGGCCUGAGAAACACGACAGACAUAAUAAAGACAACAGCAGGUGACUAUGUGGUGAUGACAGUUUACUUUGACCUGAGCAGAAGAAUGGGCUACUUCACCAUUCAGACUUACAUCCCCUGCAUACUCACUGUGGUUCUCUCCUGGGUGUCCUUCUGGAUCAAAAAGGAUGCCACUCCAGCCAGAACAGCUUUAGGUAUAACUACAGUACUCACCAUGACCACACUCAGUACUGUCGCCAGGACAUCGUUACCCAGAGUGUCUUAUGUCACUGCAAUGGACCUUUUUGUCACAGUUUGCUUCCUGUUUGUCUUCGCUGCCCUGAUGGAGUAUGCAACUCUAAAUUACUACUCCUACAGUGUUCAAAGACCCAGCUGCAUGGAACAUAAAAGACUGAACUAUGUCUUGGAUGUGAGACCUCCUCCACACACAGUCAUCGCUUUGAACAACUCGAUAUACUGGCAGGACUUUGAGGAUGCUUGUGUCUACGAGUGUUUGGAAGGAAAAGACUGCAAAAGCUUUUUUUGCUGCUUUGAAGAGUGUAAAGGAGGUGCGUGGAGAAAAGGACGUGUCCACAUAGAUCUACUGGAACUGGAUGCAUACUCCCGUGUCUUUUUCCCCACCUCCUUCCUGUUGUUUAACAUCGUCUACUGGGUAGGCUACCUCUACCUUUAGUACAUGGAACGGACAAGUUGUGGUUUUAAAGGCAAGGUGGUGCUGUUAAACAAUAGAUUUCAGAUGGCUUAAAAGGUAUUUUAACACCAAAUAAACUCUCUUGCAGUAACUGAAACUGGUACUUGAAUUAAGAAACACCAUCCAGAGGAUUUCCUUCCUGUGCAUGGCUGUGUGGAGUCAGAAGGAACUGGGAGUCAAAGACGAAGAUUUGAAAACAGAGUUGYGCUACAAACGGCACCUGUCAGACACAAAAAUGGUCCGAGGACAUCAAAACCAUCAAAAGUGCCUUCCUAUGGAGGGGUAUCUGCAUCGAUUAUCAGGGAAAACUAUUUCUAUGUAUCUAUAGAUAUAAAAAUGAGCCUAGCUUUGACUGAUUAUGGCUGUUUUAAUCCACAAUCUUUAGCUAUAUUUAUAAACCAACCAUUUGUUCGUGCAAACUCAUAAAAAGUCGUUCCGUUUGUCUUGAUUUAGACUUUUAGACAUUUUACACUUUUUUUCAUCCUUCUUGCAACACUGAGUGACACCUGUGUGAUGUUAAUAGACCUAUUUUCUUGGGAGAAAAAUGCAUCAAAUGAAGUUUCAGCUGAGAUUUUAUUUUAAAUGUUUUGAAUUUUGGUGUAUGUUGUCAGUUGGUUGAUUGGUUCCUUUUAUUUUGGAUUUGUCGAGGGUCCAGUGAUUAUGGAGCUGUCUUUGGUACAAAAAACAACAACCUGUAUUUUUGUUUAAAGUAAGAAUGCUUGUAAAAAAAUCAAUCAAUCUAUCUAUCAAACUUUAUUUCAGACUCGAGGGGUGGGGUCCAUAGUAAAAAUAAAACAAAUGCAAAAAGCUAAAUAAGAAAUUAGGUUUUAAAAAACACAGCAGGACAUUGUUCAYUGAAUCACAAAUAAAUUAUGAUGCCACUGAUUCCACAAUCUUGAGAUAAAUCUGACUUUACUCAGUAAGGGGUUUGCUAAAACACAAAAAUGCAUUUGUAUGACACAAAUAAUCUACACGUUUYCUGAGCACAGGAGGACAUGUGGGUACAGCACGUUAAAAAACACAGAAGGUUUUUAUCCAACUAAAAAGAAAGAAAAUUCCACUGAAGACUAA